AUGCUCUCGCGACUAGACACGGCUGCGCGCCAGAAUUUGCGUCAACACCUGCAUCUGAACGCAGUACCCAAUUGGUCACCGUCCAAUGGACACCGACUAUCCUCGCUCGCAUCGCUGAGCGCGAGACCAUCGUUGGCGACGCCCUCGACCAGCUCAUCCCCUUGUACACCAAGGAACUCUAGGCCUGCUUCGACAAAGGCUGCUCAGGCGCGGGAUGAAGUCAUUGAAGCUCAUCUUCCGCGCUAUAUCAGACGGCAGGGCCUUCAAAAAGCAGCAGAAAAGGGCAAAGCCAAGACUGGCGCUGGCACCCCCACAGAGUCCAAAGAAAUCAAAUUGCUCGAUCCCUACAUCCUAGCUAAAAGGCUGAGGGCCCUAUGCCAAGCUGGAAAGGUCGAUGACGCCGUAGCCAUGCUAAAGAACUCUCCUCGAGACGCGAUGAACACACCUGUCUGGAACACCAUGAUAUGGGAAGCGCUCAAAAACCGGCGCUUUCAACUGGCGUACAAACUUUACGUCGAUAUGAAGCGACGUGGGUUCAGCCCAACCACCAGAACAUUUCAGACCAUGUUCACGGGUCUGUCCAAGAUCGAAGAAUGGUCGUCCCACACGCAACAGCUUUCAAACGCCCGACUUCUUUACGAUGCUUUCCAACGUCACAUCACAUCUCUCAAAAAGCAUGAGCCUACAAGCAAAGACAUUAUGUCCACGCCGCUCGCUGCAUACAUCAAAAUCCUUGGCGAUAACGGCGAGUACGACGAAAUCCUUGACGUGUUCAAGUCGCUUGACAAAGAUGGUCCGUUCUCCCCGGACGCGACUGUCUAUGCCGCCACCUUCCACGCAAUCGCAAACAUGCGCCGUGUCCUCGUAGCCAAGGGCAUCACACCGCCUGAGCAGUGGGAGGCGACUGUCGCCGCUGACGCCAGACAAUUGUGGACACAGCUCGGAAAGGCAUCCAAGCAGGACCCCUCCAAAUUACCUGAUGCUUUCGUGGCCACCACGGCGAUCUCGGCGCUGUCGAGAGGCUCCACCGAAGAUCACGAACUCGCAUUCCAGAUUGCGCAGGAAUACUUUGGCCUAUCAAGAGAUCCAAGUAACGCAGGUGUCGGGUUACACCCUCUCACUCGUGCGACAUUUGGAACCAUCCUAAACCUUUGCGAUGACGCCGGGUGUCAUUCGACAAGCCUACAACUCCUCCAACAGGUCAAGGAGCGCCCAGAAGCUCAUGGUGGCCUAUCAAUCAUAGAUCGUCCCCACAUGGAGGAAAUACUGAAAGCACGGUCCAAGACCCCCGACAGCGAUUUGGGUAACGCGUCCUUGGGAUACCUGGAGUGGAUGCUGCGACGGGAACACUCUGGCCAUGGUGCUCACAUUCGCCCUGCCAUGUCCACCUACAACUUGGUCCUCACAGCCUGUUGGAAGGCUUCCGAUUGGACCUCUGCCCUCAGCGCUUUCGAGCUAAUGACCGGCUAUUCACCUAUUGACUUUAUCGAAACACCUUCCCCCGACUCGGCUCCACCCAAACCACGCAAACGUACCACCCAAACUCUCGUCCCUUCGGCAGAGGCUAUGUCUGCCAUGAUGCGUACGGCACUCUCAACACGACAACUGCGCUACAUCCAGCAAUGCCUCCGUAUCCUCCAACACAUCGGCAUCGACCACAUCACGACACGAUCCUCCCAACACAAAAAAGAAGCCAAGAAUAACUCGUUCUAUGGAUCUAAGCUGGCCAGCGCCGUUACUGAAUCAGUCCAAAUUCUAACGACAUACAAGGACGAGUGUGUGCCGGCCGAGCUUGCCAAAUGGCGUGCGUUUGCAUCGCAGUGUAGGGAGGAAUUUGAUAAAACGGGCGCCGGCGGUGGUAAUGAAGGGGGCGGCUAUACACCAACCACUCUCGAUCGGGAACCUUCAAAGGGAAAUAAGCGAAGGCUCCGACUUUAA